AGCUAUAAAAGCGCGGAUCCCACGCCGCCGGGAGCUUCACUCGCCCGCCCGAGCUUCCGCGUGUCUUGAUCCGCACCGAGGAGGCAACGCGGAGAGGAGCGCAACGCCGGCGCCUCUGCGUGUGUGCUCUGUGUGCGUGUGUGCGUGUGCGCGCAGCCCGAGGGCACAGGAAAGGGGGGGCGCAGAGCCAGGGAGGCGCAGAGUCACCGAGGGCGCCGGGCAAGCCCAAUGCGUGGACUAGGUGCCUUCGCAACAUGCUGGAGCUACAGAGCCGCUGAAAGGAGUUUGCCCGCAGCUGCUGGAGCCGGAUUGUAGCGCUCUCGUUCCUUAUGAAGAAGGCACACACCUGGAUUAUCACUUGCUUUUAUCUUCUACUGCUCCUUCUUAAUCCUCUUGUCAAAGCCCAAAGUCCCUGCGGGAAUCCUGUGACGGAUGAUGUGAAUGACAUUCCAAAACUGGUUGGAAAUCUUCCAAAUGAUUAUAUGAUAGUCCUUAAAUAUGUCCGGAAGAUGGACACUCUGCCUAAUCAUUGUUGGUUGCAUUUGAUGGUCCCUGAAUUGUCAAAGAGUCUGAAUAAUCUUCUCAACAAAUUUACAGAAUUGCCAGAAAUGCCAGAUGUCUUGAGUAACUAUUCAAUCAUCAAUAAUCUCAGAAGGAUCAUUAAUGAUCUAAUGCAAUGCCUGUCAUCUACUAAAUAUAAGAAUUUUAGACUACAUCAUGACCAUCUUUAUGAAGAGGGUACAUUUAUUCCAGAAGAGUUCUUUAGGCACUUUUAUAGCACUAUUGAUGUGUACAAAAUCUUUGCAAAAGCACCAGUACACAGUGAUUGUGUCCUGCCGUCAACAACAGAAAUUCCCCCCAAUGAUUCCAGCAUCAGUGUUACAAAGCCUUUAUUGUUACAUCCUUUUGCUGCCAGCCACCUUAGGAAUGACAGCAGUUAUGAUAAUGACAAAAAAACAGAAUUGGGCUUCCUCAGCACCCCCAGCAUGCAAGGAAUAAGCAUAGCAUUAACAUCACUGGUGACUCUUUGUAUUGGCUUUAUUUUGGGAGCCUUAUGCUGGAAGAAAACAGCCCACAAGCAUACACUAGAAAGUGGCCCAAGUGAACGAUCUAACAUCUGCCAAGAGGAUAAUGAAAUAAGUAUGCUGCAGCAAAAAGACAAAUCGCUUCUACAAGUGUAGCUGUUGCUUUUUCUACUAUACACUGUUACUGUUCCAUGUCUAGGCAGCUAACAGUUCCAUGUUUGCUUCAUACAUGAAGCAGCUUUAAGCAUAUUUGUAUUCCUUUUGGAGUGACAGACUGAGUCUGCAUCUGUUGUUUGUUGCCCGUGACUCCAUAUUGAGGAUCUAGAGCUGCGCACAAAGAGUGUGCUACUGUGAAACCGACGUUGAAUUACACAUCAUCAGAGAAGAGUCUGCACUGACAAGGACUGUUAUUUUUCUACACGCAGACAAAUAUGUGUUUCAUUGCAUCUUGGGAUUUGAAGCAGAUCUUGGCAGAAAACAAAACAAAACAAAAUGCAUGAGUAAAUGAUUCCAGAGUGAUGUGAUCCAAACCAAACGUCAUAAGGAAGUUUGCAUUUUGUAGACAGACUGAGACUCAGAAUAGAAUAAAAACCUUCAGCACUGUACAUACGACUCGCAAAUGAGGUUACGCAGCUGGACGAAUGUGCUUGCUUUCAUCGGUGGAAAUGGGUUCAUAGCAAGGGAAGUUUUCAUAUGAAACAAGGUUGAAUAUCUUUCAAAUUGUAAGUGAAAUUGAAAUUCCAUGUCGAAGAAAGAAAACAUGCAGUUUGGCAGAGCUUGAAGUAUCUGUUCAAGAGAAGUAGACAUUGGAUCAUGAAAACAGGGCGAGUGUAAUAGGAUGGAAAAUUGACUGCUUGGUGUAGGGAAAGUCCCAUGAAUGUUUCGGUGAGAUACUAUAGAAUAAAAGCAAAGCAUCUGGAAUA